AUAGGGUAUCAUUUUAAUCGCAUCGAUCUUUCCUGCUUUGCUCCUUCACUUUGCUUUCUCGUCUGCAAUCGUUCCAUCUUCUCACACUGUCUCUGGAGAGUACAGCGGUUUUUAUGAUCAGCUCUUUCGUCAACAUCUUCUCCGGUCAUAUUCUCUCAACAGUAUCGCAACCAUUCCUGUGAUCGGAUUAAACGAUUCACCUCAACAUGCCACCGUCAAAUAAUUACAAGAAACGCCAAAGUAGCAUCAUCUUUGCUAAAGGCACAAAAAGGUACGAUGGCACAAACACAACAGAAGGAGCAAAUCCAGCUAACCCAAGAGAUUCACAAGCUUGGGCAGGUAUGAUGAUGGGCGAUAUGGAUUCGGAUGAUGAUUCAGACUCAGAUCGCAGUGAAGCUGAUGUACGUAGCCGACAGCCUGCUCCUACCUCACAUCCACCUUCCUCAUCAGCCAACAACAAUGGCGGAGGUGUCCGUGCUAGCUGGACCACAAGAGCUGCAGCCGUUGGAAGUAGACCGCCAGAUACAGCUUCUCAAAACCCACCUUCUUUGAAACUUCUCGGUUUGAAAAGUGUUAAAGAUGGUGGAAUACCCUUGGGAAGUAACGGAAGCUCAAAUGCUAAUCAACCUCCUUUGAGUCCUGCUAUCAGCAUGCGACAAGAGAUCGAAAGACGUCAAUUGGAGGAACAACAGAGACAAGGUCAGCAAUUGCGCGUUGAACAACAGCGAGAAGCUGCGAUCAGAAACAGAACGCCAAGUCCUGCUUUUGACAUGGUUGACGAAGAAAGACGUCAGAUGCAACAUCCUCAACAAGCACGACCCACACAACAAAACUCCAACAAUCUACGCGUAACAAGUAACAGCGAGUAUGGCGAUGAUGCAGGUAGACAUGGCAGCAUGAUCGAUUUCGGUGGAACGGACGGAUUCGGUAGCAUGGACAAGAUGGGAAACCAAAUGCAAAACGCACCAGGCAACCGUGGCGUUCAACUGCAAGAUGAACCCGUUCGGUAUAACCAGUCUUCGCCUGAACGUUCUCAACCUCAACCACAACCACGUCAACAAGCAAACCUUGGACCACCACAAGAUCCUUUCGCCAAUCAACCAUCAAGCCCACGCACGGCAUUAACUCAGGAAUUAGGAUUGGGCGCAAGAUCUCCCUCACCGUAUCACGGUGGAAUGCCAAAUGCACAAUAUCAGCAAGGUCAACAGCGUAAUCUUGUCUCUCCAUUCCAGGAUCCCAGACCGAAUCAGCAACCACCUCCACGGUCCGACAGUGCAUCUUCUGGCAUGAACCAAGGCAGAAAUCCAAUGGGUCCACCGCAACAAUAUCAACAGCAACGUCCAGGAAACGGUCCUAAUGGCGAAAUUCCUCUAAGACGUGGACCUCCGCCUCCGCUUUCACUUAUGGCAGGCGGUCAAGGUGGUGGUGGUGGUGGUCAAAUGAACAAUCAUAUGACCGUUCCUUCUGGACCUUCUCGUGGAGGUCCACCAUCACCACAUCCUAUCCCAUUACCUUCACCUGUUCACAUACCCGGCCAGCCCAACAUGCAACGUAAUGGCCCUGGCCCCGGUCCUGAUCCUCGUAAUGGUGGCCCAGGUGGUUAUCAAGGUAUGCAACCAGGACCACAACAAGGAGGACCAAUGCCUCGUCAAGGCUUUUCAGAUGCACAAGGAGGACCAAGAAACAAUCCACCUGCACGUCGACCGAGCUUGUUCAGACGAAGCAAAGCAUUCUUGACCGGAAGCAAUGUAGGACCAAGUCAACAACAACAGCAACAACAACAAAGGAAGAGCUUGUUCCGUAAAUCGAUGGCAUUGUUCACUGGAAGAGGCAAUGAAAACGGCCCAAUGCAGCAGCAACAUCAAAAUCUUGAUAACGGUGAGGAUGACAGCAAUGCACCUGCACCACGGGUACAAGGGUUCUAUGAUGAAAAGCCAAAGGAUCGCAAAUCGCAUUAUAUGGGCGGAGGUGGAAUGGGCGAUGAAUGGGACUAUUCUGGCAAUGGAGCCAGGUUCUGGAAACGGUUCAGUAUUGCACAGCAUAAAUUACAAGCAGGUGACUUUGCCGAUAGUGAAGAAAAGCGAAACAAAGUUGCAAGAAGGAAAAAGAUUACAAUGUUCGCAACUUUGGUUGGUGGAUUGUGUAUCAUCCUUGCCGUUGUUGCGGUUAUUAUUUGGCGUGAAAGUACGCCUACGAGCGAUGUACCGGGAGCUAUUGAUCGUUCAAACGGUGGAGCAGAUUUAAGUCAAACCGGAUCAACUCAAAAUGCGGCAGCUGCACGAACCCAAACAGCCGCUGCUGCAGCAGCUUCAUCAGCAAGUACAUCGACUGCCAGAAGUGCGGCAACGCAAGAUGAUGGCAGUAGUGGUUCUGGUUCCAAUAGUGAUGCAACGACCACGACUCCGAAGACAAAGAAGCAUAAGGAAAGAAAGCACAGAAAGGACUCAGAUGAUAAUACUCGUCGUUCGAUUGAAGAUGACGGCAACAGUAUCGAGGAUAUUGGUGCACUUGUCAAACGACAAGUUGAAGAAAGUAUCCCAUCAACAGCAAGAAUGCUUUCGGUUGAGAAGAUUGCAUCUUCUCAUGCUACAAAUUCGAUGAUUCGCCGUAGACGGCAACUUCUUGGAGCAAAACAAGAAUAAUCACUCAUCCUGCUGAGCGUGGCUCCCUGCAUUCCAUCUUUCCAUUAUAGACAGGACCUUUUUGGUCCCCAUCCCUUCCACCAACCGGUGCACAAUACCUUUCACAUUAUCAUUCGACUUUAUUCUCAGCACACCAUUCUACACUUUUGUCAUUCAUUUCAUACCUAAUUUUGCAUAUAUUUAAUCGUAUAUCGAUUUUUCACUGAACAGCCGGGGG